AUGAGUCGACAGUGUAGUUCCAGGUCCAUGUGCCUGAGCGUUGGCGGCGGUGGCAGGGGCUUCAGCUCCGGCUCCGCAGGCCUGGUCAACUUCCAGCGCCGGUCCACCAGCUGCGUGCGCCGCAGUGGAGGCGGUGGUGGCGGUGGGAGAUUUUCAGGAGGAGGAGGAGGAGGAGGCUUCUGUGGGAGCUCUGGUGGCGGGGGUAGCUUUGGAAGCAGAAGUCUCGUCAACCUUGGAGGUGGCAGGAGCAUCUCCAUGAGCGUGGCCGGGGGUGGAUAUGGUGGCUUUGGUGGCAGCAGCUUCGGCGGCGGCGGCGGUGGCGGUGGUUUUGGUAGCGGUGGUUUUGGCGGUGGCAGUUUUGGCGGUGGCAGUUUUGGUGGUGGUGGCUUUGGCAGUGGAGGUGCUUUUGGUAGAUUUGGAAGUGGUUUGGGGCCUGUCAUUCCCCCUGGUGGCAUCCAUGAAGUCACUGUUAACCAGAGCCUUCUCCAGCCCCUCAACAUGGAAGUUGACCCUGAGAUUCAAAAGGUGAAGUCUCAGGAGAGAGAGCAGAUCAAGUCCCUCAAUAACAAAUUUGCCUCCUUCAUCGACAAGGUGCGCUUCCUGGAGCAACAAAACCAGGUGCUACAAACCAAAUGGGAGCUGCUGCAGCAGGUAGACACCACAACUCGGACCCAAAAUUUGGAACCUCUGUUUGAACAAUAUAUUAGCAACCUCAGGAGGAAUGUGGACUCACUGAAGAGUGACCAGUCACGGAUGGAUUCUGAACUGAAGAACAUGCAGGACAUGGUGGAAGACUACAGGAACAAGUAUGAGGAUGAGAUCAACAAGAGGACAAAUGCAGAGAAUGAGUUUGUGACCAUCAAGAAGGAUGUGGAUUCAGCUUACAUGAACAAAGUAGAACUUCAGGCCAAGGUGGACACCCUGAAGCAGGACAUCGAAUUCUUCACAACACUCUACCAGAUGGAGCUGUCCCAGAUGCAGACUCACAUCAGCGAAACCAACGUCAUCCUGUCCAUGGACAACAACCGCUCCCUGGACCUGGACAGCAUCAUCGCCGAGGUCAAGGCUCAGUACGACGACAUCUGCCAGAGGAGCAAGGCUGAGGCCGAGAAUUUCUACCAGAGCAAGUAUGAAGAGCUGCAGAUGACUGCUGGAAGACAUGGUGACAGUGUGCAGAGCUCCAAGAUGGAGAUCUCUGAGCUGAACCGAGCAGUCCAGAGACUUCGAUCUGAGAUUGAUGGUGUCAAGAAGCAGAUCUCCCACAUGCAGCAGAACAUCAGUGAUGCCGAGCAGCGUGGGGAGAACGCGCUCAAAGAUGCGCAGAACAAGCUGAAUGAGCUGGAGGACGCCUUGCAGCAGGCCAAGGAGGAGCUGGCCCGCCUGGUGCGCGACUACCAGGAGCUCAUGAACAUCAAGUUGGCCCUGGACUUGGAGAUCGCCACCUACAGGACACUCCUGGAAGGAGAGGAGAGCCGGAUGUCUGGAGAGUGCACCCCCAACGUGAGCGUGUCCGUGAGCACCAGCCACACCAGCAUGAGCGGAAGCAGCAGCCGCGGAGGCGGCGGCGGCGGCGGCGGCGGAAGAGGCUCCGGAGGCAGCAGCUACGGCUCCGGCGGCGGCGGCGGCGGCGGCGGCUACGGCGGCGGCUCCGGAGGCGGCAGCUACGGCGGCAGCUCCGGCGGCGGCGGCUACGGGGGUAGCAGCGGGGGCCACAGAGGGGGCUCUGGAGGGGGCGGCGGCAGCUCCGGAGGCAGCCGGGGAGGGUCCAGCUCCGGCGGCGUUAAGUCCUCGGGUGGCAGUUCUAGCGUGAAGUUUGUGUCCACCAGCUACUCCCGAGGGACCAGAUAGAGAGGUGCCCACCAGCCCGCUAGCUCUCCCUUCCCCCCACGACCAAAUUUGCCUGGCAAGACCAAGAUCAAUUGCACCAGCCUUAUUGGAGAAAAGAGCUAUGGUUGAUGGCACCGAUUCAGCCUAUUUCCCCCGCGCUUUCUUUUCCGAGUCCCCUGGUAGCGACUCCACUUUACGUUUUCCUCGAGAAACAGUUCGGAACUGCCACCACCUACAUGACAUUUCAAAGAGGAGUCGCUCCAGGGCUUCUUUGCCCAGCGCCCAGAGCACGCUCGGUGCUUCGGGCCGCCCUCAGCAUCCUGCAUCCCGCAGCACGCUCCGCUGCUUUUUGGUUUUGUACAUAAGGUGUUUGCUAGUUUGUCUUUUGUGGAGCACCCUGAAACUUUCCCGCUUCGUUUUGCUGCAAUAAACCGCAUUUGAAAU